AAACCACCUUACGAUAUGACAUCACAUCCUGUUUUGUGUUGUGCGGCGUUUCACGAUAGAUAGGGUUAAUAUUACUUAACAACGCCACAGUUAUUACACUUUUACGUUUAGUGAGUUUGUCAUCAUGUCAGAUUUAGAGGCGCGGGUGGUGGCCAUUUUGGAGCAAAUGGUUGACACUUCCGUGAAAGAAAUGAGCAAAGUUAUGAGUGCCUCAAACGCGAAAAGUCCACAGGAAGAGUCACCGAGCGAGAAAGACAGCGUGCAAGCAUCGUCUGACGAUAAGGUGGUCCACCAUCUCAACACCUUCAUGACGUCUCUGGCUCAAGGAGUGUCCGAGAAGAUCUGCCAGCUUUUCCAAGAAUGUUCUUCUCUGCUGCUCUUAGAAGUGACGCAGGGCGAAGCUGAGGUGGAGGAGCUGAGGAGAAGGCUGGAGGUGGCUGAGACUGAGCUGAGUCUGCUGCUGACUGGAGGCCCCAUUGAGGAGGAGCAUGGGGGGGAGGAAGGCGGCCUCACCGGCACAGAAGGAGAGAAUGCUCGCUCCUCGCAGCGCCCCAGGAGGAAACGAGGCAGAGCUGGUGGUGCUGGGGUCAAGCGAUCGCCCAUCGUUCACCUGUGGAAGGGCAGAACCUACGAGGAAAGUGUCCAUCCAGCGCCACUGGAGGAUGCAUGUCUUGAGCAGAGGAUGCCUCAGCAAGGAGACAUCUUAGACCCAAACUACGAGCACAAUGAUCCAGACUAUCAGCAGGAAGAUGCCAGCAAUGCAGGACACACAAGAACAUCCAGACGAGUCAAAGCGCGGCAAGGCUUGCACAGGCGUAAGGUAGCGUCCAGCUGCCACUUCUGCCAUAAGAGCUUCACCAUACACGGAAACCUGCAGCGCCACCUGCGCAUCCACACGGGGGAGAAGCCCUUCAGGUGUGACACCUGCGGCAAGAGCUUCAACCAGGCCGACACGCUAAAAGGUCACCAGAGGAUCCAUACGGGCGAGCGGCCCUUCAGCUGCGACACCUGCGGCAAGACAUUCAACCAGAAGAGCGCCCUGAAAAUGCACCAGAAUUCAUCUCACCCCGCCGCCAAGUCACUGUCCUGCGUAGCCUGUGGCACCGCCACGGCCUGCGUGGAGUCGUUGCGCCUUCACCUCCAGACACACGCUGCCGUCGUCCCCUGCGAGUGCGUCCUCUGCGGCCAGCGCAUGGGCUCCAUCAUGGAGCUGCGCUCCCAUCAGCAGCACCACACGGUGGACAGGCUGCACACUUGCGCCCUGUGUGGAAAGAGCUUCAAAUCGUCCAGUUACUUGAAGGUUCACCAGAAGAUACACAGCGGAGAGAAGCCCUUCUCCUGCGACGUCUGCAGACGCGCCUUCACGCAGCACAGUAGCCUCAAGUCACACAAGGCGGUGCACACAGGCGAGAAACCCUUUGUCUGCAACGCGUGCGGCAAGUGCUUCAGCAACACGGGCAACCUGAACCGCCACCAGCGCAUCCACACGGGCGAGAAGCCGUACAGCUGCGACGUGUGCGGCCGCAGCUUCAACCAGGGCAACAGCCUGAAAGCCCACCAGCAGAUCCACACGGGCGAGAAGCAGUUCAUGUGCGACAAGUGCGGCAAGGGUUUCGCCUACAUGAGGAACCUGAAGGACCACAAGUGCUUCUACGUGUGACCCCCGUCUACACUCCGCACACCCAGGCAGGAGCACGUUGAUGUGAAACUGUGACAGUUAAAUGGCAACAUGGAUGGAAACCACUUUGUCACUUUUUUAAAAUGUAUUAGAUACUUGUGAGAUACUCUCGGGUACUGGUGAGGGUGUCCAAAAAGUUAAGAUGCUAGCUAUGAUAUAGCUAUAGCUAUGAUAACUACUUAUUCUUGUGUGCAUAUGAAUAAGCGGCCCGCUGUUAACACACAAAGCUUUAAAAAUAGACGGAAACUUUAGUUUGGUUUCCCAAUGAGAUCCAGAAAGCUUGUGUUUGAUGACUGGUCCAAGCAUGCACCAAAAACUGACUUUUGUAUUGACUCAUGUGACAUUAUUGAUUAUGAAAGGCAGGUUAGUGCAACAAUAUUUGUGUAUUGUAAUUAAGUCUCAAGUAAAUAGUAAAUAAAUUGAAGAUGUGAAGGGUUCGCUUUGGUCUCACU